AUGUUUCUAAAAGUCACCAACCUCUUUUUCGUUCUUUUCACUAGAAAUCACCAAAUGGCGGACGAAGCAGCUGCCGGUGCUCCAGCUCCAGAAGGAGGAGAUAGAGGAGGUUUCCGUGGAGGAUUUGGAGGUGACCGAGGUCGCGGCAGAGGCCGUGGACGCGGUCGUGGUAGAGGAAGGGGACGUGGGAGAGGCCGUGGAGGCAAAGAAGACAAGGAAUGGAUUCCCGUCACUAAGCUUGGACGUUUGGUGAAAGAUCUGAAGAUCAAAUCACUGGAAGAGAUCUACUUGUUCUCUCUACCAAUCAAGGAGUUUGAAAUCAUCGAUUUCUUCCUUGGAUCAGGGCUGAAGGAUGAGGUCCUCAAGAUCAUGCCUGUGCAGAAGCAGACCCGUGCUGGUCAGCGUACUCGAUUCAAGGCUUUUGUGGCCAUUGGAGACAACAAUGGACAUCUUGGUCUUGGAGUAAAAUGUUCCAAAGAAGUAGCAACUGCUAUUCGUGGGGCUAUUAUUCUGGCUAAGCUCUCUGUCAUCCCUGUACGUAGAGGCUAUUGGGGUAACAAGAUCGGAAAGCCCCAUACUGUUCCCUGCAAGGUCACAGGAAAAUGUGGUAGUGUAGUGGUGCGUUUGAUCCCUGCACCCCGUGGUACAGGUGUCGUCAGUGCUCCAGUACCCAAGAAGCUUCUUCAUAUGGCUGGUAUUGAGGAUUGUUACACCUCCGCUAGAGGACAGACCUCAACUCUGGGCAACUUUGCCAAGGCUACUUAUGCUGCCAUUGCUGCCACAUACGGUUACUUGACACCAGACUUGUGGAAGGAGACUGUCUUCUCAAAGUCACCCUACCAGGAGUACACAGAUUACCUAGCCAAGAACCACCAAACUGGAGGUGUACAAAGACAGGAACAGAAAGUUUAUUAGACCCAUAUAAGGACUUAUGAUAGCUUCAAGUGUACUCGGCAUGUGCAUUAAAUAAAUCUGUCACUUCCUAAAUCCAAA